UGGCGCUGAUCGUUGCGAGGCUUCCGAAGGAGCGCUCGUUAACUAGUUACCCCCAAGAUUUUCAAUCCGAACAAACUAUAGUAGGCCCAAAACAGGCCUACACAUAAAACUCACCACCAGUCAGCUCAUGGGCCAGGCAAAAACAAACAGACACACAAGCCCAUACACAUAUGCUAGUUGCAAACGCGUGCUGGGGAGAGGAACGUCCAUGCCUGAAAAACGAUCCUCAAAAAAAAAAAGUCCAUGCCUGAAAAACUGAAAAAUCUGGGGGCGGCCGCUGCUCUGCCUCGUUUUUACGCCGCCGCCUCUGUGGGACAGCCGCUGCAUCAGGUUCUCGCGGCGUCCUGCCGGGCUGUGGGGCUGCUUCUGCCGGUGCUGACGUUGCGGAGGGGCUGCCGGUGCCGCGUGCGCUCCUCCUCUUCGUUUUCCAACAGAUUUCGUGGCUCCCUGCAGCCCUGGUGGCUGUACUGUAUGUGGUGUUGGUGGAUCGUGAGUUCCUGUGUUGCCCUUGUUCUAGGGUGGGUUGAUUUUGCGCCGCCGGGUUGCUCGUCUUGCUUCGUGGCCGUUGGUACGUCCAUCCACACGAUCCUGCCAAGAUCUUCCUCCAGCAGCCCGCACCGGAAUCCCAACUGAGGAGGAGAAACUACCACGGCCCCGCUGACAACGCGUACUGAUGCUCUGGCCUGAUUGCCAAGUGCAUGUGCUUUCGACGAGCUAUGUGGUGCUGGUGCACAUGAGCAAUAUAUCUAUUUCGUGUCAUUCCAGUGACUCUCACUGAAGAAUGUGAUGGAAGUAUAGUAGUAUGAUGCUGUCAGACAAUUGUGUGUUCCACUGUUGGAUACUUGGAUGCAAUAUAGACCUAAGGGAAA